UUGGGGAGUCCAGGGAGACAUACGCCUCUGUACCCCGACCCUCCAGGCCCAGGCCGGCCAGGGUGGCGCCGGGAACUUAAGGUGGACUAGGGCGUGUGUCGUGUGCCCGGCCCUCGGCAGCCCUGUGAGGAGUGGGACCCGUCGUCCCUUAUACAGAUGAGAAAGCCGAGGCUAGGAGAGACCGGUCAGGCUCAAACCCAAGUUGCUCUCAGCCGUGAAUUUGUGUAGCUUUAGCUGUUCGGUUCAUAGAAUUCUGUGGUGUUUCUUCAUUUGGUUUGGGCACAGAUCACCCUCAUUUUGCAGAAUAAGAAUUGAGACUGUGGAAGAUGGAGAAAGAAGGUAAAGGAAAGAUGAGGGGUGUAGAGCUUUCUGGAUUUUCUCCCUUUUGUGGAGUCCACUCCCGUGUGCCUGCCUCUCUAAGCCGAGACUUCAGAGGUCUCCCGCUCCUUCUGGCCCAGAGGCCAGGUGGGGCCUUUUCCACCUGGAGCCAGGCUCCUGCAGGGCUCAGCCUCUAGAACCUGGACAGGCUAAGUGGUGCAGGUGACCCGGGCCAGGAACUAGGAGUCCCAUGAGCGUGACUGCUGAACAGACCUUGCCCUCUCUCAGCAGUUUUUGUCCCUGAGUAUUCGUUCCUCCGAAAACUUAUGGGUGAGCUGCCCUUUGAAUUUUGAAUUUGCCCAUUUCCUGAGGUAGAUAUGCAACAGAAUCCUCUAAAAUACUGGGCAGUGCCAGCAGGCCCCAGCUCCAUAGCAGCCCAAAGAUCACAAAGGGAAAGGGCAGCAGCUUAGGGCAUUGCUGUGACGCUCGGUGGGUUGGGGGUGUUGGAUGCGUCUUCAGCCUUUGAUGUUUUCACCUCAGUGCGGGUUUCAGCCGUAGCCCCAUCAUAAGUCGAGCAUCUGUGCUUGGUGGCAGUGGCACUCCUCUCAGUGCAUGUGCUCUGGAACAGGAUUCCCUUCCCCCAUCACCCUGGCCCUUAAUUCUGCCACUGUUUUCUGAGGACUUCCCAGACCUGUGAUGGGGAUUGAGGCAGGGAGGACCCCAAUUUUUAAGGUCCUGUUGUGUUGGAUGAAAGGAGGACAAUGUGGCAAUGCCCUGGCCCCUGCCCAGCCUGCCUCAGGAGUGGUAGACCCUCACUGGGGCAGGUCCCUCACCAUGGGAACUCUAGCCUCUUGUGGAAAGCAGGAGUAAUGGGAAAGGUGCACCUGGCUGACUGGGGACCUGGUGGGGGAGGGGAGGCGAGAGCUGAGGACUAAGCCACCAGUGUCCAGUACAUAGAAGAUGGUCACCAGUGUCAUGUCGUUUCUUCCCUGGCCACCCGGUUGCUGUGCCCUACCCUGGGGCAGCCAGUGUUUUUCCAUUGACCUCCCAAGCUGUUACCAGUAGAGCUGAGUCACCAAGAUGCCAGACACAAACCUGCAGCCAUUGUCACAGAGUAAGACCAGGUCUGGGGUGGGAGGGAGCAUGCCACCAAGACCAGUAGCUGCUGCACACAAGGGCCUCAUCCUGUGACCCUAGUGCAACUGCCGACUCCUGCUUGAGCUUUCCACUGGUGACCACUCCCUUUGCUGUCUCCCUAGGGGCCCCUCAAGACCUGUCAAGUGCAGGCUGUGGUCACCUCUUUCCACAGCAAGGGAGAAGCCAAGCCAGAAUGGGGGUGGGCCCGCUGACCCCCAGAAGGCUGGCGAUGGAAGGCUGAGGAUUUGGGAGUACUUAGGCGAGAGAAGCCAGGCUCCAGCCCCUGCCUUCUUAGCAGAGAGCGAGAUAGUGGCCUUUCCAGGGCUGCGGCCAGCGUUACAGCAGGACUCAAACCUCUGCCCAGCUCUCUGGGAGCCUCUUCCAGGUGAUCUGUCUGCUGCACCCUGCUAGGCCCUUCCUUGCCCUUCUCCUGCCGGGAGUUCUUUCCCCCACCUCCCCAGAGCCAGGUCCUUUGGAGUCCACCCCUGUAUCUUCACCCAGAAACUUCCUCAGGCUCUGCCGCUGCCCACCUGGUACUUGGAUGGCCUAGCCCUUCCUCAGCUCUCAGCACCAGGCUCAUCCUCCGUGACCGUGGAAUGCCAGUCCCCACCAGCAUCCCAAUGCCGCCUGUGCCUGAGAGGCUAGAGGUUUCAGGGAGGACUGGCGUCAAGUCCCCCUGGGUGUCGGAACUUAAUGUGUGCUGUUAGAUCGGAUUCCCAAAGCGGUCCUGGAAGAUAGGUGGUACCCCUUCACACAAGAGGAGACUGGGUCACAGGGCAUGCUGAGACCAAGUGCUCGCAAAACUGUCCUGUGGUCCAGGUUCUAGGCCUGUUGGUGUGUGGGUCACCUAACCCUCCCGACACCCCCUUGAGGUGGUCCAGUUGUGUCUGUUGGACAGAUGUGUAGGAAGUGGAAGAGCCGCCUGUGCCAGGCUGCAGAGUCUAAAGAUACCACCCCCACCCCCAUCACUGACUGGUGGCAGGAGCUAGGACCAGCCUGGCUCCAGGCACAGGAGAAGAGGCCCACUCUACCCUGAGGAUGGCGCAUACCCCUCUGUUUCCUGCCAACCCUGGGCUAUUGGCUGGUCUGGCCGGGUGACACGGGGUCUCAGCUACUGUGGUGUGCGAUGACUUCUGGUGAGAGGAAGUACUCCCCAGCUACCAGGACCCUGACCCCCAUUCACCUCCAGUGUGACCAGAGCCACCUUCUGCCCUUAGGACCUUAUUUGUCCUGGAAAGCAAGAGGCCUAAACUAAAGAGCAUUCCCCUGUGUACAUAGUCCGUUUCCAAGAGUGGUGUCCCAUGGGGCCAGCGCCUUGGAUGAUCUCAGCAUAGAUGAUGCCCCUGUGAAGUUCUAGGAGGCCUAGUUUCCCCACCUGCCAGGUUUUUGUGGGUAGGUCAGGUAGUAUAUAGGUCCUACUCCUCGGGGGAGUCAGGUUCAUCCUUAAGGCCUUGAUGUGGCCCUCAGCCACCCUGUGGCAGCAGUCAUGACUGUGGUGAGGGUCAGGGUAGGGUCUUCUGCCCCACACUUGCUGACCAUGCUCUGGCCCCAGGUCUUCGACGCCGGGGAGAUGUUCGGGAUAAUGCAGGUGGAGGAGGUGGAAGAGGAGGAGGAUCCAGCUGCCGGGGAAGCGCGAAGGAAGCAGCCCAACCCCGGGAGUGAGCUGUGCUACAAGGUCAUCGUGACCAGUGAGAGCGGGCUUCGGGCCGCAGACCCCAACAGCAUCUUCCUCAUCGACCACGCCUGGACGUGUCGCGUGGAGCAUGCCCGCCAGCAGCUACAGCAGGUGCCAGGGCUGCUGCACCGCAUGGCCUCCUUGAUGGGCAUCGAGUUUCAUGGUGAGCUGCCCAGCCCGGAGGCUGUGGCCCUGGUGCUAGAAGAUAUGUGGAAGUUCAACCAGACCUACCAGGUGGCCCAUGGGACAGCCGAGGAGAAGGUGCCGGUGUGGUACAUCAUGGACGAGUUUGGCUCGAGGAUCCAGCACGCAGACGUGCCCAGCUUCGCCACGGCACCCUUCUUCUACAUGCCCCAGCAAGUGGCCUACACGCUGCUGUGGCCACUGAGGGACUUGGACACAGGCGAGGAGGUGACCCGGGACUUUGCCUACGGAGAGGCAGACCCUCUGAUCCGGAAAUGCAUGCUGCUGCCCUGGGCCCCCACCGACAUGUCGGACCUCAGCUCCUCCACGCCCGAGCCGCCCGCCGAGUACUACCAGGCCAUUCUGGAGGAGAACAAGGAGAAACUGCCACUUGCCAUCAGCCCUGCAGCCCAUCCCCAUGACCACGUCUUCAAGGUCCACACGGACGUGCAGCAGGUGCUCAGCCAUCUCACCCACCCACGCUUCACCUUCACCCCGAGCGAGGCGGAUGCCGACAUCCUCUACCACUUCUCCCACUUCAAGGACUACAGGAGCCUCAGCCAGGAGCGGCCGCAGGUGCUGCUGAACCAAUUCCCCUGCGAGAACCUGCUGACGGUGAAGGACUGCCUGGCUUCCAUCGCACGCCGGGCAGGGGGCCCCGAGGGCCCCCCCUGGUUGCCCCGGACCUUCAACCUGCGCACGGAGCUGCCCCAGUUCGUCAGCUACUUCCAGCAGCGGGAGAGGCGGGGGGAGGACAACCACUGGAUCUGCAAGCCCUGGAACCUGGCCCGCAGCCUGGACACCCACGUCACCAGGAGCCUCCCCAGCAUCAUCCGGCACCGAGAGAGCACUCCCAAGGUGGUAUCCAAGUACAUCGAAAGCCCCGUCCUGUUCCUUAGAGAAGACGUGGGCAGCGUCAAGUUCGAUGUCCGCUAUGUGGUGCUGCUGCGCUCCGUGAAGCCGCUGCAGCUGUUCGCCUAUGACGUGUUCUGGCUACGCUUCUCCAACCGGCCCUUCUCCCUUGACGACCUUGACGACUAUGAGAAACACUUCACCGUCAUGAACUACGACCCAGACGUGGUGCUGAAGCAGGUACACUACAAUGAGUUCAUCCCUGAGUUUGAGAAGCAAUACCCAGAGUUCCCCUGGAGUGGUGUCCAGGCUGAGAUCUUCCGGGCCAUCACGGAGCUGUUCCAGGUGGCAUGUGCCAAGCCACCACCCCAGGGCCUUUGCGACUACCCCGCAUCCCGGGCCGUGUAUGCCGUUGACCUCAUGCUGAAGUGGGACAGCCGCCCUGAUGGAAAGCGGGUGAUGCAGCCCCAGAUCCUGGAGGUGAACUUCAACCCAGACUGUGAGCGAGCCUGCAGGUACCACCCCAGCUUCUUCAACGAUGUCUUCAGCACCCUGUUUCUGGACCAGCCCAGCGAUUGCCAUGUCACCCGCCUCGUCUAGGGCCUCCCACCUGUUCUUGCUGGCCAGGCACAUGGACCACCUCUUUGACUCGCCUCACCCUUUAGCUGGACUUGGCCCUCCCUCCGCCCAGCAGGGCCAUGGCUGUGGAGGGCAGGGUUGAUGCCGCCUCUGGUUUCCUCACCUGGAGGGUGGGCUGCUAGCCUCCCAGCUCUCACCCUGCUUAAUUUGUACUGCAAUAAAGUAUGACUUCUUUGA